AUGUACUGAUAUCCACAACAGGUUGACUAUGUGGACAAGUCCAGGAACCAGGUGGCUCUGAAAGAUGCUGCCUCGCGUCUCGACUACUCACGCAAGAGAGGAGCACUGAAGCGAGGGUUACGAGGACGCCAGCUCGCAAACGCAAGAGGAGGAGGCAGGACCGCCGAGCCAGCUGUUCGGAUCCAGGAGGCCAUCAAGAGACGUGACUAGAGGUGAGCCACGAUGGCGACUUGUCGUCUCGAAGAAGGAAACCACUUGCCAGAAGACGGGUUCCUCUACAUUAGAACUUGACAUGUUGAGCACAUCGUGUAUGAUGGGUGAAGCCAACUCUACAGGAACUCGAGAAAUUUGAAGCCACAAUUGACGAUGUUGAUUCUUGAGGUUGGGGGUACGGGGUCGCGGGAUGCGGCGGCCCCGGCCCUCCAGCCAGGAGACGUGGUGGAGGUUGUGGAGGGAGAUCUCAAGAACCUGACGGGCAGAGUGGUGUCUCUGGAGGGAGACAGCAUCAGCGUCAAGCCGCACCACAAGGACCUCCAGGACCUGCUGGCGUUCCAGGCCAGGGAGCUGCGGAAGGCAUUCAAGGAGGGAGAUCACGUGAAGGUGGUUGCAGGUCGCUACGAGGGAGAGACGGGGCUGGUUGUCCGGAUCGAGCACAACCUCGCCAUCCUGUUCUCAGACCUCACCAUGCACGAGCUGAAAGUGAGGCCACAGGACCUGCAGUUGUGUCUGGAGACCAGCAGUGGUGUUGAUGCCUCUGGCCAGUACCAACUGGGAGACAUGGUCCAACUGGACCCACAGACGGUAGGUGUGAUAGUGAGGCUGGAGAAGGAAGCGUUCAAAGUCCUCACUCAACACGGGAAGGAGGUGAACGCCAAACCACACGCCCUGCAGCUCCGCAAGUCCAGAGGAGUUGCUUUAGACAGUCGCCAGAAUGAGAUUACGUCACGUGAUGUGGUCAAAGUUAUUCAGGGACCGCACAUUGUAAGUCUUAUUGUACGUGAUUGAGGCUUUUUUCUAUCGUGUAUGUAUAUACACCCACUCUUUCCUGUUCCUAUUGACCUCCUUCCUCUCCCUCCUUCACAGCACAAGCAGGGAGAGAUAAAGCAUGUGUUCAGAGGAAACGUAUUCCUCAUAGUCAGAGAUCAGGUGGAGAACGGAGGGAUCGUGGUGGCCAAGGCCAAGCACGUGGAGCUGGCUGGAGGCACCAGCCAUGCCGCGUCUUCCAUCAGUACUGGGUUUAUGCCUCAGAGUCCACGGCUCUCCAGUCCAGCUCCUCACAGAGGACCAGGUACUGUAUCAAUAUCAUCUUCUGCUAUUACUACCGUACUUGUUGCAUCUUCUGCUACUACCUGUACUUGUUGCAUCUUCUGCCACUACUACCAUACUUGUUGCAUCU